GCCCGGAUUCGGGAUAAUCGUGGCUCGAAGUCUAGCGCAAGACUACACCAUGUUCAAAACUUUACGCAAAAGGCCAGCAGCGACAGCCUUGCAGAACAUCUCCGGCGUGGUCUCAACAUCAUCGAAACGGCACCUCAGCCUGCAUGAGCACCAAGCACAAGGCUUGCUUGGAGAAUAUGGGAUCGACGUCCCCCGUGGUAGGGCGGCGACUUCGGUAGAGGAAGUCGGAGCAGCAGUCACGGCUCUCGGAGGCAACGCCGUGUUGAAAUCCCAGAUCCUUGCUGGAGGCCGCGGGAAAGGAUCUUUCGACAAUGGGCUGAAGUCCGGCGUACACAUUGUCUCGAGUAAAUCAGAAGCAGAGAAAUUUGCAUCCCGCAUGCUUGGACACAAACUCGUCACCAAGCAAACCAGCUCCGAAGGUCUUCCAGUCAACCAGCUCUACGUGACGGAGAAAGUCGACAUUGCGGAUGAAUACUACCUGGCCUUCACCGUCAGUCGCGAACACUAUGCACCAGUCCUGCUCAUGUGCAAGGGUGGAGGUACCGGCAUCGAAGAACUUGCCGCGCGAAGCCCAGAGGAAGUGAUCAACGUGCCUUUGAAGUACAGCGAAGGAAUAACCGAUGACAUUGUUUCGACGGUUUGCCAGAAACUUGAACUUGGCCACGAGAGGCACGCUGAGGUCAAGGACUUGCUGUCCAACCUGUACAGAGUGUUCCGCGAGCGCGACGCCACCCUUCUGGAGAUCAAUCCUUUGGUUCAAAACCGCAAGAGCCGCCAGCUCAUGUGUGCCGACACCAAAUUGACAGUCGACAAUGCCGCAGCGCACCGACAAGGCGAGGUUUUCCAGCUUAGAGACUUGUCUCAAGAAAAGCCUAUAGAGCUCGAAGCCGAGAAGCACGGGCUGGUGUAUAUCCAGCUCGAGGGCAGUAUCGGGUGCCUCGUGAACGGCGCGGGUCUGGCGAUGGCCACCAAUGAUGCCGUCGCUCAUUUCGGUGGGAAAUGUGCCAAUUUCCUGGACGGCGGAGGUCAGGCAGAUGUCGCCCGGAUGGUCAAGGCUUUCGAACUCAUCCUGAGCGACCAGAAUGUCAACACGAUAUUGGUCAACAUCUAUGGAGGUAUCAUUCGCUGCGAUAUGAUCGCCGAGGCCGUCAUUGCCGCCGCUCAGCAUUUCGGAGACGUGCCGGUCGUGGUGCGUUUGCAGGGCACCAACGCCGAGCAAGGUCAACAGAUGAUCGCAAAGUCGGGCCUGAAACUCUUCGCCGAGUCUGAGUUUGAUGGUGCUGUCAAGAAGGCCAUUGAGCUUUCCAACCGAGCGACGACGAGAACCCAGGACUCUUCCACUUCUCAAGCAGCGCAAAAGUCUCCGCCAAACAACUAUGUCCCCUCGAAUGUGUCGAUCGGCCGGAAAGCGCUCAGAGCUUUUUCUACCUCGUCCUUCUCCAGCAGCAUUCUGAAGGAGCCACGAGCAUCCACAUCCGUCUUGGCAACUCGGCAGCAGAGUCGCCCAUUCCGCAGCUCAUCACGCAGAGUUGCUUCCUACAAUGAAUCCAUCCCCAAUCUCGCAAUCAAUCAGAACACCCGCGUUAUGUAUCAGGGUUUCACCGGCCGUGCGGCCAGCAGGAACGCCGUAGAGGCUAUCAAAUAUGGAACGAACAUCGUCGGCGGCGUCUCACGGUCCCAGAAGUCCAGCUCAGGCAAGCACACCGAUGCCAGCCUCGCGAGUCUCCCGGUAUUCAGCACCGUCCGCCAAGCAGUCGAUGAGAUCAAGCCCGAUGCAAGCGCGGUGUUUAUUCCCGCGCAAUUCGCCGCAGAUGCCAUCAUCGAAUCCAUCGAAGCCGAAGUUCCCCUGAUCGUUUCUGUGGCCGAGCACAUCCCCGUGCACGAUAUGCUGCGGGUGCAGGAAGUGUUGCGCACACAAUCGAAGUCGAGACUCGUUGGGCCCAAUUGUCCGGGCAUCAUCUCGCCCGUGAACGCUUGCAAGAUUGGCAUCAUGCCUCAUCUACAGUACGCGCCGGGCAUCGUGGGCAUCGCAUCGAAGUCAGGGACGUUGUCAUACGAGGCUGUGGGGUCGACCACGAAAGCUGGGCUCGGCCAGUCCCUUUGCGUUGGCGUAGGGGGCGAUCUGUUGCCAGGCACGAGUCUAUUGGAUGCGGUGACUGCUAUGAUUGAGGACCCCGCAACGAAGGGAAUUGUGUUGCUGGGCGAGAUCGGUGGGGACGCUGAGAUCAGAGCGGCGGCGUUAUUGAAGCAGUAUCGCGAAGGGGAGAUCAAGGCCGGGCGCAAGCCGAAGCCGGUGGUGGGUAUGGUCACGGGCCGUACGGCGCCGAAGGGGAGGACCAUGGGUCAUGCGGGCGCGAUCGCAGGUGGUGGGAGCAGCGUGACGGCCGAGGAUAAGGUCAAGGCGAUGCAGGAUGCGGGUAUUGUGGUGCCGGUGCAUCCUGGUGAGAUUGGACCUGUGAUGAAGGAGUUGUUGAGGCAUGCUGAGAUUACCUGGUAAUUGAGCGGGCUGGACCCUUUACUGUAGUACUACGCCACGUACUCCGUAAGAUACCUUAGUAUAUAUGCUGAGGGCCAUUUUGGUUCCACUGUUGGGAUGGAUUUAGGAUGCACUUGGUAGGAAUUUGGGAUGAAUUCGGGUUGAGCUGGCGCAUGGCAUGGUUGGCAUCAGGUUGAGAGUACGUACCUAGGUACCUUAGUACUCA